AUGCAGAUAUUCAAACGCAUCUGGCCUCAACUAUUCCCUGCCAAACCCACCCUCACGGCAGACAGUCUGCCUCCCCAAACUGGCCGCGUUGUGAUCAUCACCGGUGCCACCUCCGGUCUGGGGCUAGAAUUGGCUCGCAUCCUCUACCAUGCUGGAGCAACCGUUUACAUCGCCGCCCGCAACGAAACCAAGGCCCACAAUGUCAUAAACACCAUCACCGCCACCACUUCCCCCAAUCCCACAACUCAGCCAGGCGAACUCAUCUACCUCCCCAUUGAUCUCGCCGACCUUCGCACUAUCCCUAUCUUCGUGGACGCAUUCCUCGCCCGCUCAAACAGACUAGACCUCCUCUUCAACAACGCCGCCGUGGCGUGUCUCCCCCCAACCCAGGUCACAGCCCAAGGCUACGAACCUCACAUCGGCAUCAACUGCGCAGCUCCCUACCUCCUGACCUCCCUCCUCUCUCCUAUUUUGACUUCUACAGCCCAAAGCCCAUCUACACCACCCAACUCCGUCCGUGUCAUCUUCACCUCCAGCAUGGUCGUCGACUUCCUCGCUCCGACGGGCGGUGUUCCGUCCUCGGCCCUCACUUCUUCCCCGGAUCCAAACUCAGACCCUAAUACCAACUACGCCAUCAGCAAAACCGGUAACUGGUUCCUGGCGGCGCAUUUUGCCUCUAACCUUGGGUCAAAUGGUGUAGUCAGCAUUACUCAGAAUCCGGGGAACAUUGAUACCCCCAUUUAUGAUAAUGCGCCGAGAUUGAGUGUGUGGGUUAGCAAACCGGUGUUCUAUACUCCGGGGGUUGGUGUAUGUGAUACCAUUUGGGAGGUGGCAUCCUGGUCCGAGGGAGGAUUUGUUGGGGGCGAUGAGGGAGGGAGGAUCGGGGGAGAUGGGGAGAACACUACUACUUAG